CUCUAAGCUCAGUAGAGGAUCACUCUCAAAUUUGCUGCCACAAGUGCCCCACGCACACACACACACACGCACACACAGUCAACCACGAGAAACAAAACAAACUGCAAAAACGAUCUUCAUCAAUCUUCACUUGUAAAAGAAGAUUAGAUGGCAGACCAGAAAAGGGUCCUUCUACUAUGCGGAGAUUACGUCGAGGAUUACGAGGUGAUGGUUCCUUUUCAAGCAUUGUCGGCGUAUGGACUGUCCGUUGACGCCGUUUGCCCCGGGAAGAAAGCUGGUGACUUUUGCCGAACUGCGAUUCAUGAUUCUCUUGGCCACCAGACAUAUUCCGAGUCGAGGGGGCAUAACUUUGUCCUAAACGCAACUUUCGAUGAAAUAGAUGCCACCAAAUACGACGGACUUAUCAUACCAGGGGGGCGUGCCCCUGAGUAUCUUGCUAUGAUUGAAUCUGUUACGGAUUUAGUUAAGAAAUUCGAACACUCGCAAAAGCCGAUUGCAUCCAUUUGCCACGGACAAUUGAUCUUGGCAGCUGCUGGUUCGGUCAAAGGCAAAAAGUGCACUGCUUAUCCAGCUGUCAAACCUGUGCUCGUUGCUGCUGGGGCCCACUGGGUGGAACCAGAGACAACGGCCUAUUGCACGAGUGAUGGGAAUCUCAUAACUGGAGCUACAUACGAUGGGCAUCCCGAGUUUAUUCGGCUUUUUAUUAAGGCAUUGGGAGCAAAGAUAUCUGGUUCUGGCAAACGAAUUCUAUUUCUUUGUGGAGAUUACAUGGAAGAUUACGAAGUGAUGGUUCCGUUUCAGUCUCUUGAAGCUCUAGAGUGUCGUGUAGAUGCAGUUUGCCCGGGGAAGCGAGCGGGUGAUAAAUGCCCAACGGCAGUACACGACUUUGAAGGUGACCAAACAUAUAGCGAAAAGCCAGGUCACAACUUCACUUUAACUGCCGAUUUUGAAGGCAUAGAUGCCUCAAGCUAUGAUGGGCUGGUAAUACCAGGUGGCCGUGCUCCAGAGUACUUGGCGCUAAAUGAUAAUGUUAUCAAAUUAGUAAAGGAAUUUAUGGAAUCGGGAAAACCGGUGGCAUCUAUAUGCCACGGUCAACAGAUUUUAUCCGCUGCUGGUCUAUUGAAGGGGAAGAAGUGCACUGCAUACCCGGCAGUGAAACUUAAUGUGGUUCUAGGUGGGGCCACAUGGUUAGAGCCUGAUCCGAUCCAUCGUUGCUUUACCGACGGAAAUCUGGUUACCGGAGCAGCAUGGCCGGGUCAUCCUGAAUUCAUAGCUCAAUUUAUGGCUCUUCUCGGACUCACUGUAUCUUUCUAAUUAUGUUUCUUUUGUGUCUGUAUGUUAUAUGGUAAGAAUAAAGAUACAUGGUAUUUUGUACCCAUAUCAUGUGAUUCUGUUUCUGGUCCCUGUAGUUUGUGAGUUACACUUGUUGACUCAGGUUUUCGAGUUUUUUGGUGUACCAGAGUGUAAAAUUGUCUGAAUGUAAUGGAAUUUUUAACGGUUGAGAUUCACUUAGAGAUUUUUUUUAUGGCUAAGAGACGAUGUAAAGAAUAAAAGCAAUGAGUGAAAUUCGAUCC